AUGUCUACAUUUUCCCUGCUCGUCUUUUUACUUCUGUCCGUGUUACGUGCAUGUUCCCAAAAAAUCAAUGAAGAGGAUGAAUAUGAUGACGAUAUGACAGUGAAUCAAAUGCUGACUCCAAAAAAUCACCAAGCGGAUGCAACGGAGAUAUUAAACAACUUACUGAAAGAAUAUGACAAAAAACUUCGACCUGACAUCGGGGUUAAACCGACGCUAAUCGAUGUUGACAUCUAUGUGAACAGCAUCGGACCGGUGUCUUCAAUAAACAUGGAGUACCAAAUCGACAUCAUCUUCGCGCAGACCUGGACAGACAGUCGGCUAAGAUACAACAGCACCAUGAAAAUAUUGACUCUGAACAGCAACAUGGUUGGCCUUAUAUGGUUGCCGGACACCAUAUUCAGGAACUCAAAGAAUGCAGACUCACACUGGAUUACUAUGCCUAAUCAGCUCCUUAGAAUAUGGAACGAUGGAAAGAUUCUCUACACACUAAGGCUCACCAUCAACGCUGAAUGUCAGCUCCAACUGCACAACUUCCCCAUGGAUGCCCACUCCUGCCCCCUCAUCUUCUCCAGCUAUGGGUACCCUCGGGAUGAGAUGGUGUACAAAUGGAAGAAGAAUUCCAUCGAAGCCUCCGACCAGAAGUCCUGGCGACUCUAUCAGUUUGACUUCAUGGGGUUGCGUAACACAUCGGACAUCUUGAAAACAACAUCAGGUGAUUACGUUGUGAUGACAGUGUACUUCGACCUGGCUCGGCGGAUGGGCUACUUCACCAUUCAGACCUACAUCCCUUGUAUCCUGACCGUGGUGCUCUCUUGGGUCUCCUUCUGGAUUAAGAAGGAAUCCACCCCUGCCAGAACCACACUUGGAAUCACAACAGUCUUGACUAUGACCACCCUGAGUACAGUGGCUAGGAACUCAUUACCCAGAGUGUCCUAUGUGACGGCCAUGGACCUGUUUGUCACCGUCUGCUUCCUGUUUGUGUUUGCCGCCAUGAUGGAGUAUGCAGCCCUCAACUACUACUCCUACUGCACGCGGAGACCACUCGGCAAGACCAAGAGAUCGGUGAGGCAGCCAUGUUUCUCUCUCUUUUCAUCCAAAUCCAACUACUCAGUGCUGGAUGUGGGCCCCCCCUCCACCGUCAUCACCCUCAACAACUCCAUGUACUGGCAGGAGUUUGACGACGCCUGCAUCUACGAGUGCCUGGACGGCAAAGACUGCCAGAGCUUCUUCUGCUGCUUCGAGGAGUGCAAGGACGGGGCGUGGCGGAAGGGCCGCGUGCACUUAGACAUCCUGGAGCUCGACUCCUACUCGCGGGUCUUCUUCCCCACCUCCUUCCUCCUCUUCAACAUCGUCUACUGGGUGGGCUACCUCUACCUUUAG